UGCAAGGAAUGACUUUUCUCUUUCUCUCUCUUGUUUCUCUCUCCUGCCCGAGCUGCCCUCUUUAUGUGUUUCAUACUGCCCAAACUGCCCUUUGUUGAACACUUUCCCCCUUUCACAAGCAGAGCCCUCCUUUGUCUUUCUCUUACUCAAAACCUCCCUUUUGACUAAAUUUUAUAAUCUGGGUCUUGGUGAUUCCCAGCUAAAGAUCCUUUCUUUUUUUUUCUUUUUGCCUGAAACCACUUGAUUUGAGAUUUCAUAAGAUGGGGUCUUUUUAAUGAUUAAAAAUAUUUCUGGGUGUUGAAAACAUGUUUGUUUUUUGACGGAAUUUAGAUCAGUUUAUGGAAAGAUGGGUUUUGGUAAUGAAUCUAGAAAAGUGAUGGAGAAAAAUUCAACAAGGAAGAAGAGAGAUGGUGGAGAAGAAGAAACAGGGUGUUGGGUGAGUUUGAGGUUCAUGGGAAGCUGCAUGUGUUCAAGAUCAAGAGUUGAUAACUCUGUCAGUGGAAGAACAAGCACUCAUUAUGCGGAAAGCGAACCUACGAAAGAGAACAGCAGAGAUCAGCCAGUUGUUCCAGUGUCUUCUACAACCACUAGUAAUGCGGAAAGCGCUUCAUCGACACCGAAGCUCAGUGAGGAACUGAAAGUCGCUUCACAUCUUCUGAAGUUCACUUUUAUUGACCUUAAAUUAGCUACCAGAAAUUUCAGACCUGAAAGUCUUCUCGGUGAGGGCGGGUUUGGUUGCGUAUUCAAAGGCUGGAUUGAGGAGAACGGAACUGCUCCCGUAAAACCCGGUACGGGGCUUACUGUAGCUGUCAAAACCCUAAACAUCGAUGGACUUCAGGGUCACAAAGAAUGGCUGGCUGAGGUGGAUUUUCUCGGUAACCUCCUCCAUCCUAAUUUGGUUAAAUUGGUUGGUUACUGUAUUGAAGAUGAUCACAGAUUACUAGUGUACGAGUUUAUGCCACGAGGAAGUCUGGAGAAUCACCUCUUCAGAAAAGGGUCCUUGCCACUUCCUUGGUCUAUUAGAAUGAAAAUCGCACUCGGUGCCGCAAAGGGUCUUGCCUUUCUUCACGAAGAAGCAGAAAGACCAGUGAUUUACCGUGAUUUUAAAACAUCUAAUAUCUUGUUAGAUGCAGAUUACAAUGCCAAGCUCUCCGAUUUUGGACUGGCGAAAGAUGGUCCCGAAGGAGAUAAAACUCAUAUAUCUACUCGAGUCAUGGGGACAUAUGGCUAUGCAGCACCUGAAUAUGUAAUGACUGGGCAUUUGACAUCAAAGAGUGAUGUGUAUAGCUUCGGAGUAGUAUUACUUGAGAUGUUGACUGGCCGGAGAUCCAUGGACAAAAACCGACCAAAUGGGGAGCACAAUCUUGUGGAAUGGGCUAGACCACAUCUAGGAGACAAGAGAAGGUUUUUCCGGGUUUUAGAUCCUCGCCUUGAAGGGCACUUUUCGAUCAAAGGUGCACUGAAAGCUGCCCAGCUUGCUGCACAAUGUCUUUGCCGAGAUCCUAAAGCCAGACCUCGGAUGAGUAAAGUUGUUGAAACACUAAAGCCCCUUCCAAACCUUAAAGACAUGGCCAGCUCCUCCUAUUACUUCCAAAAUAUGCAAUCCGAUCGUACUAGGUCCUCCAACUUAACUGCCAAAAAUGGCAUCAGAGCACAGGCAGGAUUUGUAAUGAGGAACGGACAACCUAUGAGGAGCUUAUCCAGUUCGAACGGUCCCCAUGUUUCUCCAGGUCACCAUCUUCCUCCAUCACCAAAGCCUAAAGCAAAAGAACAAUAGGCUCAAGCUUUUUUAUGUUGAUAUUUAGAAUCCGGUCCAUAUCCGUACCCCAUACCCGCAUCUCAAGAAUGCAUAGUCAACACAAAAUAGAUGGGUACCUCUUGGAUUUCUUCGACAAGGAUUGUAUUGCUAUAUUCCACUGUUUCAUUGUACCAGUAGAACUGCACAAGCCAUAAUGGAUGUGCUGCAUUGUGGUUAGUUCAUCGAGCUCAAGGAAGCCCGUCUCGUUUAUUUCUCUUUUAUUCA